AUCCACGUAUAUAUAUUUAUUGAUCAACGACAAAUAAAAUAAUGCGUUCAACAAAACAAAACAAAAUAAAAGUGGUUGCGAAACUGAUAAACUGCCGUGUGAUAUUGCAUUAGAGACAAGUUAAUUCAAACCAUAUAAAAACUAACUAUAUGAUCAAAUAAUUUUCAUAACCAAACAAACCGAAACCCAAAGAAACAAUUAAGUGGUGAUGGAGUCAUCAACGACAACAUCGUAUUCAGUCGUGUCGGAGCUCGAAGGAACUCUAUUGAAAACCCCAAAACCUUUCGCUUACUUCAUGCUCAUGGCUUUCGAGGCAUCAGGAUUAAUUCGUUACACACUUCUGCUGUUUCUAUGGCCUAUCAUAGCACUCCUUGACGUUUUGGGCUACAGAAACUGUAGCCUUAAGCUGGUGAUCUUCGUUGCAACGGCUAGUUUGCGCGAAUCGGAGAUAGAAUCAGUGGCUCGAGCCGUUCUUCCCAAAUUCUACAUGGAUGAUAUAAGCAUGGAUGCUUGGAGUGCGUUUGGUUCGUGCGAGAAGAGAGUCGUUGUCACAAGAAUGCCACGAGUUAUGGUGGAGAGAUUCGCUAAAGACCAUCUUAGAGCCGAUGAGGUCAUCGGUACAGAGAUAAUCAUCAACCGUUUCGGUUAUGCCACCGGUUUUAUUCAGGAAUCUGAUGUCGAUAGAUCCAUUUUCAACAGUGUGGCUAACUUGUUUGAAGAUCGAAGACCUCAACUAGGUCUUGGACGACCGAUUAUCUCGGGCUCUCAAACUUUCCUAUCGUUAUGUGAGGAGCAAGUUCACGCACCCGUUCCAUCGAACUACAACGUCCAGCGUUUGCAUGUGCAGCUGUUACCAGUCAUAUUCCACGAUGGACGUUUGGUGAAGCUACCGACACCAGCCACCGCACUCCUCAUCCUUCUCUGGAUCCCUUUCGGAAUAAUCCUAGCCGUGGUUCGUCUCUUCAUCGGGUCCAUGCUCCCGUUAUGGGCCAUACCUUAUGUCUCACGCAUAUUCAACAUUCGGUUCAUCGUAAAAGGAAAGCCUCCAGCACCAGCAUCCGCUGGAAACCAAGGCGUACUAUUCGUAUGCACUCAUAGAACCGUAAUGGAUCCAGUCAUAUUAUCCUAUGUGCUCGGCCGUAGCAUCCCAGCCGUUACCUACUCCGUUUCUCGCUUAUCUGAAAUAUUAUCUCCGAUUCCAACGUUUCGUCUAACUCGAGCUCGAGAUGUAGACGCCGAGAUUAUAAAGAAAGAGUUAUCUAACGGGGAUUUGGUGGUAUAUCCCGAGGGAACCACUUGCCGUGAACCGUUUCUGCUGAGAUUUAGCGCGCUUUUCGCGGAGUUAACUGAUAAGAUCGUUCCCGUGGCGAUGAACUAUAGAGUUGGGUUCUUUCAUGCGACUACCGCUAGAGGCUGGAAGGCUUUUGACCCCAUCUUCUUUUUCAUGAACCCUAGACCGGUUUACGAGGUGACGUUCUUGAACCAGCUCGAAGUGGAGGCAACUUGUUCAUCAGGGAAGAGUCCGUAUGACGUGGCUAAUUAUGUGCAGAGAAUCUUGGCGGCUACGUUAGGGUUUGAGUGUACUAACUUCACGAGGAAGGAUAAAUAUAGAGUUCUCGCUGGGAACGAUGGGACGGUGUCGUACUCGUCGUUUCUCGACCAAUUCAAGAAGGUCGUCGCCACUAUCAAACCUUUUUUCAAAUAAUUUUCAAGUUUUUAUACGCAUUUUUCUAAAUAAUGUGAUCAUCGCCUGGUUGCAAAAUGUUUGUUAUCCUUUUUAGAUCUAAUUCAAGAAGGUAUAUUCUUACGGGUUUGUAUUUUUCUUAAUUUAUAUAUCAACUUUUUGUUAAAAUUUUAAAUUACAUAUAAAUGGCAACUGUUUUUACAUGUUACGUCUACUCAAGAUAACUCCAAUAUAGUAAUGAACAAAUACGAAUAGUUGGACCAUUAUAUCAACCUUAUAUAUCAAAAUCAUCUAAUUCUAGGUUGUCAAUCACUGUAUCAACCUUAUACAAUAUCAACUAUUCGAUUACAGAUCACAAUCAUUUAGUUUUUUAGGUUGCCAGUGUACGUUAGAUAUGUUAUAAUUUUGCGUUAUAACUAAAAAAGCAAAGAUAAAAAAUAUGUGAUGGUGGAUUCAAGCCUACUAAAGAUUUGAUACGAGAAGCUAGCUCAGCUCAGACGUUACUAAUAACUCAUAAAAAGUUCACAAAUGAACAUGAAAGAAAGAGGAAAAUUUUCAAAGAAACGUUCAAGACUUAAUAUACAAGACGCCAAUUCAGUCAAAAAGCGUUAAGCCGUAAUAGUCAUACAACCAUCUACACUCGAGAUAUUUUUUAUAAAAAAAAAUUAGUGACUACAAAAACAUCAUAAGUACCUAAUUUAUGCUUAAAACAAAAUAUCCUUGUAACGUUUCCGUGUAACGAAAAUGUUAUGAAAAAAUUGACCAAGAAUUUAUUUGUUUAACCAGUCGUAAUUGAAUUCUCUUAGGCUGACAUCACAUCAUUCAAAAAUGUAUUAUAAUCGUUAGUAAUCAUAUUUAAGGUGAGAAGAAUCAUGUUUGACAAUGCCUAGACGAUUGUAGUUUGGUGGGGGUAGAUUAGAAGUUGAUGAAGAAAACUUGAGCAGAUUAUACAAUUUAACUUGGUCAAACAUAUAUUAAUUGCUUAUUUGUUUUGUUGACCGCUAGAAUUUCAGCGGCCGCCUUCGCGUUAAUUUGGCCAGUUAGAGAUACUGCCAAGCCCGUCAUAUUUAUGGGCCUAGGCAGGCCCAUUAAAUUAGGGUUUGGCCCAUAUUAAAACACGAGCCGAGAUAGAGAUGAGCGAGUCUCUCUAUAAAACCAAAAAAGGAAGUUACACACUCGCCUGAUCAGACUGCACGUCUCUUCUUCGUUCUCGCUGUUACCGACGACGCUUCGCUGAUCGAGGUUCCAGUUCGCCGGAAAAACUUGCCGAUUAACGUAAUCGGAGUGGCUACCAGCUCAAUCUCUGAAUCAACCCCGGUACUGAGCUGGAGUUAGGUGAUACACAGCUUCAAUACUUUUCCUUCCAUCAUCCAGAGUUAGGAACUUGACUCUGCCAUUAGGCUAUCAUUUUUUUUCUAUCACUACUUGUGUAUUCUCUCUCUCUCUCUCUUUCUCUCUAUUUUGUAUGACAUCUAAGUGAUGUAUACUGGUAGCUCACUGAAUAAUUUGUACAUGGUCAACUUACUAGCGCAAUUUUUUUUCAUUUGUUAAUGUUGUUCCAUCUUUGUUUGGAUCUUGGUAUUUCGUUUUCUUAAGGAUUGUGGAGCUGUGUCA